CGGACACGCAGGUGCUGCACCCUUGAUUCCGUACCCACGGUAGCCCCGGCACAGCCAUGGUUCGCGCGCGCAGUGCAUCACGGCACGAGUGCACGAAAGGAACGAAGACAUCAAAUAGCGCGACAGUGGCCUACUUAAAUAGCGACUUUCCCCCGCUGCUGUACGCCUGUCUCUUACCUACCUACCUAGGUACCUACUUACCGGACCGACGGACGUGGGUCUCUUGCUCUUAUACUAUAGUACACUGGCUGCUGCUAUUGCCUUUGCCUUUGCCUCAUGACUUACUACCACUCACCACUCACCACUCACCCACGUGCACCCGCGUGCUACACACGCCCCGCCGACAAAAUGGACGCAAUGGACGCAACAGACGCGCCACCUACGGAUUCGCACAAACAAAAACACGCCUUCGCCAUCUUAGACGACACCUCUGCGUCGGGCACGCUGGUUGCGCCGUACGCGGAUACCGAGGACGCCGACGAGCCGCAUGGCGGAUGCGGUUCUGAAUUGGAGAAAGAAGAAGGAGGAGGAGAAGAAGAUGACGACGACGAUGAUGAAAGCCUCUAUAGCGACCCUUAUCCCUGCUGUGCGCUGAAUUCUAGACUUGCAGAUGCAGGUGUAGAGGUAGAUGCAGAGGUAGAGGUAGAGAGGGGUGCUAAGGUAGUGGCACCCGCCGGCGCCGGCCAGGAGGAGCGGGAGAAAGAGAAAGAGACAGAAAAGGAGACAGAGACAGAGAAAAAGGGCCCAGCAGAAGGAGAAGGAGGAGAAGAAGAAACGCACUCCGCACCCGCACCCCCACCUCCAACCACACCUACCACCACCGCCACAGAAGAAUCCACCACCACCCCUCCCCCCACCUCAGACACAUGGGUCGACGACAUCGACAGCCUGGCCCUCCAAAGCGCCAGCCUCCGCAACGUCGCCGAGCUGGAAGAGCGCCUCGCCCUCUCCGAGCGCACCGUCCACGCCCUCCAGCGCGACGUCGCCUCGCUCCAAAACCAAACCAUGCAGCCCUUCUGGGGCGCGGCGCGCCUGUGCGAGCGCAUCACCCUGGUCAGCGACGCCGUGGGCGCGCUGGUGCUGCGGGUGCAGGCGCUGGAGGACGCGGGGCAGACGCAAGCCCAGAUGCAAGCGCAGGAGCAGGCGUGGAAGCUCGAUCGCAAGACAUGGGAGCGCCUGAGCCAGCGCGUCGAGCUGCUGGGAGCGCUGCAGACGGCGGGCACGCAGGCACGGGAGCGCGUAGCCCUGGCCGAGGAGAAGGAUCUCAAGGCCUUGGUGCGGAAGCUGUGGGGGCGGGUGGGCGCGCUCGAGACCGGGGCGCAGCAGCAGCAAACAGCGCACCAGCUCAAGGCCGCAGAGACGAAGGGCGCGCUGGUCGCGCUCAAAGACCGCAUCGCGCAUGUCGGGGGCGUGGCGCGUGGCGCGGAGGAGACGUUCGUGGCUGUCAAGCAGGACGGCAAGCGCCUGCUCGAACUCGAGACGAGGCUUGGGGCUGUGGAGACGGGAAUUAAAGCCCGCGUUGCGGCUGCGGUGAAGGGACAAGCUGCUUGUGCUGAGGAGAAGAAGAAGCUCGCUGCCGCGGUUGCUACUGCUGGUGGUGCUGGUGCUGGUAGCCACGAUGGCCAAGCCGAGACCAGGAACCAGAAGCACGGCGAGCGCAUCUCGGGGCCUUCGCCUGCGCUGAGGGCGGUGUUGGAGAAGAUUAAGACGGAGGAGGGGAAGGCGGCUGUUGCUGCUUUGCUUUCUCCUUAUGAUUCUUCUGCUUCCUCCUCUUCUCCUACAUCGCCUUCUCCUGCUGCUGCUGCUGCUCCUAGCAUCACCAGCACCACCACCAGCAGCGCAGAAACGGCGCACCAACUCCCGCCAAUCACGGGCGCCCGCGCACAAAAGCCCCUCGGCGCCUUCGCGCUCAAGCCGCGCCGCGCAAUCGACGACUUCUACUUCGCCGCCGCCUUGAAACAACAAGCCAACGCCCUCGAGAGGGAGAGAGACAGGAAGGAGAAGGAGGGGGAGGAGAGGAUUAAGAACAAGGCACAACAACAACAACAACAACAACAACAACAACAACAACAAGACGAAGAAGAAAAGCCCGAAACCCCCACCAAGCGCAAGCCCCUCCCGUCACCCACGACCACCAGCUGCAUCGACAGCACCAUCAGCACGAGCCUGGCCCAAGACGCCCCGGUUCGUCGCUCGCACUACGCCAAGCGGUCGUUUCCUGUGCUGGCGGCUGAGUUUGCGAAGGCGGGCUUGGAUGGGAUGAGCGGCGGGAAUGGGAGGCGGGGCGCGAGUGGUUGGGAUGAGGGCUGCGGCGGUGGCGGUGGUGGUAAGGACGGGGAGGAUGGAGACAUGGACACGACCAAGGACUCAACCAGCACCACCACAGCCAGCACAGCCAGCACAGCCAGCGCGGGCAGCGCGCGUCCUGCCCCGGCGGCAACAGCAAGCCCCGCGCGCCCACAGUCCUCGCUCUCGACGACGACGACGACGCCGCCGCCGUCGUCAUCAGUGAAGCGGUCGUCGGCGCUGCCGGUAUGGACGCCAACGACAACACCAGCACCAACCCCAGCAGCAAACCCAACACUCCCCCUCAAACACCCCCUAAGCAUAAACUCCGGGCCGCUACCACAGCCACUGCCCUCAUCCUCGCCCUCAACAGCCUCAACCACAGCCCCCGCACCCCAACCCCCACCGCACAAGACAGAGCAGCAGGAGCGGCUGCAGCGGCAGCGGGCGAACGAGCAGCGGUUUGCGGCAAGGCUGAAGCAGCAUGCAGAGGAGCACGGGAUUGCGGCACGGCUGAGGCUGUUUGAGGAGGAGCAUCGGCAGCGGCGGCUGGAGCAGGAGGAGCAGGAAGACCACGGCACAGCGGCGGCGGCGGCGGCGGCGGCGGCGGCGGCCGAGCAGCGAGCAAUAGUCGAGCGCGCGCUCACGGCGCCGUAUGACUAUGCGUCUGCGUCUUAUGCGUCGUUUAGGGACGGGGAUGGAGAUGGGGUUGAGACGGGGGGGUGGCGGUUGGGGAGGCGGUGGUAG